CUUUUCUUUUUCUUCUUUCCUUCUUCUUCUUCCAUUUGCGUUCUCUCUCUCUCUCUCUCUCUGUGUUUCCAACCGAAUCCAUAUUCGCUGUGUUCUUCGUUCUCAGAAUCCGCCACCAACCGCUGAACAACCACCAUGGAGAGGAUCAUCGGCGGAAAGUUUAAGAUUGGCCGCAAAAUUGGUAGCGGCUCGUUUGGUGAAAUUUAUAUAGCCUCAAAUAUUGAUACCGCUGAGAUUGUUGCCGUCAAGAUGGAAAACAAGAAGACCAAACAUCCGCAACUAUUGUUUGAGGCCAAGUUAUAUAGUAUUUUCCAAGGAGAAAGUGGUAUUCCAAGUAUGAAAUGGUGCGGUACUGAUGGAGACAAUAAUGUUCUAGUUAUGGAUCUUCUGGGACGGAGUCUGGAGGACCUUUUUGUCUAUUGCGGGCGGAAGUUUUCAUUGAAAACAGUCUUGCUGUUGGCCGACCAAAUGAUUUCGAGAAUAGAGUACAUGCACUCCAAGGGUUUUUUGCAUAGAGACAUCAAACCAGAUAACUUCCUUAUGGGAAUUGGGAGAAAAUCAAGGCAGGUUUAUGUUAUUGAUUUUGGACUAGCAAAAAGAUAUUGGGACCCUAAAACACUCAAGCAUAUUCCUUACAGGGAGAAUAAAAACUUAACAGGGACGGCACGUUAUGCCAGUCGCAAUACUCACAUAGGAAUUGAGCAAGGUCGUCGUGAUGAUUUGGAAUCUCUUGGUUAUGUACUUAUGUACUUUUUAAACGGAAGCCUUCCUUGGCAGGGUCUGAAAGCAGUCACCAAAAAGGAAAAAUAUGACAAGAUUUGUGAGAAGAAGUUAUCAACUCCUUUUGAGAUGCUUUGCAAGUCAUAUCCUGUGGAGUUCGCUUCUUACUUUCAUUACUGUCACUCCUUGCAAUUUGAUCAAGAUCCGGAUUAUGGAUUCUUAAAGCGUCUGUUUCGUGAUUUGUUCACUCGUGAAGGAUAUGAUCGUGACUAUUUAUACGACUGGUCCAUCCUAAAAUAUCAGCAGGCGCAACAGACAAAGAGACCAAAUCAAUCAUUUCCUUCAGCUGCUGUGCCUAGCAGUCUAGCACCAAGUCUUACUGAAAAGAAUGCAGGAACUGAUGAUUCGGGUCAAAUGAAUAUAACAAAAAUGUUUGCCAAUCUUGAACGCCCAAGUGUUUGUGCAAGGCCUAAGCCAUCAAAUGUUCAGAAUCCGAAUACCAAGAAUCAGGCCGAGAAACAUAAUGUUCCACCCACUUCAUCUGCCCCGCCCAAGUCAUCUACAGAAAAUGUCUCAAAGCCAGAAAGGUCCAUAGGAACUUCUAACCCGAGUCGUGUUUUUGGGGCUAAUUCCCAUGUUUCAAGUAGCUGGAUUCCUUCUCUACGCCGAAUUUCAUCAGCCAAAUAGUAGGAUUUGGAGGAGUCACUUAGAUUUUUUUUUUGUUUCCACUGACAAGCAAGAUACCAUGACAUGAAUGAACUUCCUUCACAUGACACCUUCAUCCCAAAUGUAUUGGUGGAUGAUACAUCAUGUUAAGAGGGGCAAAUGCCCCACUUUAAGACUUCAGAGAGAGGGAAAUUAACGAGGUUGUACGAUUUUGAAGAACUGGUUAUGCUGGUGGGUGUCCACACACACAAGGAAGAAGUUUGGUGGAGUUAAUUUUUCUCUUUAUUUAUGAUGAGUGGAACAUGAAUGCGUGAUGGGAAGCCACAAUCAUUUUUUUGUCCCUCUCAUCAUCUAAUUUCCUUUUGUUUUUCUCUCAAGCAUUCAGCACACGAAUUUGUUCGUCU